CAGAGUCCGUGCUACUUCAGGGCGCGAAACGGCAAAGUGACGUAAAAUCUAGCGCCACCCGAUGUACGACAGUGGAAGUGCAGCCAGACGUCACGAUCUGCAAACUCAGACCAAGGUCAGACAAAGUCGACUAUUUGGAAGCAAACAACCAUAUUUCCUACGUCUACUGUGGAUGAAAGGAACAUUUUCUGUUAGAAAAUCAUGAAUGUGACAGAGCUUUUCUCUGCUGCAUCAGAUGGGGACUGCGACAAGAUCCGCUCCCUGCUGGAGGGAGGGAUGGAUGUUGAUGCCGAAGAUGACCAGGGUUGUACAGCACUGCAUCACGCAGCUAAGGCAGGGCACUGUCCUGCUAUGGAGGUGUUGUUGGACAGAGGGGCGGACAUCGAUGUAGCUGGUAACUCGGACUUGACACCCGGAAAGACAGGGCUUACAGCGCUUCACCUGGCUGCGAUGAACAGUCACUGUGCUGCGAUCUCCCUUCUCCUGAACCGAGGUGCAGAUGUGGACAAAAGGAACAUGCUUAACCAGACAGCCCUACACUUUGCUAUAAGUAGGGGUAACUGUGAUCUUGUUGGAUUGUUGGUACAUGAAAACUUUGGAUUUUGCCAACCUUUAAUGGACAAACAUCUGUUGGAAGCGCUUCAGCACAGCUCUGUCUCUACAGAAGGAGACCAUGACGAAGCUUGUUCAGUCUUGUUAGCUGGAGGAGCGGAUAUAGGGGUUGUUGAUCACUAUGGCUGCACCCUGCUACAUUACGCUGCCUUUAAAGGAAACAAUGAUGCCAUUCUCCUCCUGUUGGAUAGAGGAGCAGACCUUGAUGCACGCAAUACAUAUGGUCAUUUUCUGCUUCACUCAGCAGCAUUGGGCGGACAUAAUGACACCAUUAAUUUGCUGUUAGAUCGAGAUGUGGACAUUGAAGCAGAGGACUUUGGGGGCAGGACAGCACUCCAUUUCGCAGCACAGUAUGGUCACCACAAGACGGUACAGUUGCUGUGUUCUCGCGGUGGUGACCUAACAGGAAAGGACAAGUUUGCAGAGAUGACUCCACUUUUGUUGGCUGCUCAGAAUGGACACUGCGAUGUUAUCGAUGUUGCCUUGUCAUUAGGUGCUACCUUUGCUGAAGAGGAUGUUUUGGGCAACAAAGUGCUUCAUUUUGCCGUUCUAGGUGGUUGGAUGGAUGCUGUUACUCAUCUACUGGAUCUAGGGAUAGAGGUGAAUGCAAGGAACGAAGGUGGUGCAACAGCGCUUCACUAUGCCGUCUAUUGGAAAGAAUGCUCCUUGAAAAUGGCAGAAGUAUUACUUUUGUCUGGUGCAGACUGUAACGUGAAGGAUAUAGAAGGUCGGACACUCGUAGACGUGGCUCUGGAGGAUACAGGCAUGCAGAAAUUCCUCCUUCAUCAUUUGGAGUGUCACCCGAAUCUGAAAAGGUUGUGCCGAAGGAAGAUCCUCAGUGUUCUCGGUAAGAGUGGCCAAGAAGAAUCUGACGUCCACCAGUUUACAAUACCGCAGGAUCUGAAGGACUACCUGUUAUUCAGAGCUAUUUACUAGUGUGAAACCCUGCACUCCAUCACAUAGCAGCUUGACAAAUGACAUACAUUCCUAAACACAGUGUGUAAUUAUCAACUCCACUAGGUUUUUUACUUCAUCAGUGUGUUGCUUUUUGAAUAGCAACACAAUGAUAGCCUGACCACAAGUCAGUUGUUGUAUAAUACAUAAAAACAUGUAGGUAGUCUUUUUCCCAAGGAACAAGUGAUGAAAUCCUGGGAAAGGCACUUGUGUGGUAGGCUUGAGUGUAGUUGUAGGGGUACAGUAGCCUCGUGUGUAUAUCUAAUUGUAGAAGUGACACUAUUGUGUUAUAAUUAGCAAUGAGUGUAGCUGUAGAAGUGAUACUAUUAUGGUAGCCUUCAGUGUGCAUGUACUAGUUGUUGAAGUGACACUAGUAUUCCUAUUAAGGUAGCCAUGAGUGUAAUAGUAGAAGUGAAGUAGCCUUGUUGUACAUGUAGAAGUAACACUAGUGUGCUUAAGAUUUCAGUUUAGCUGUAGAAGUCACACCAAUGUGGUAGCCUUGAGUGUAAUGUAGUGCUACCAAACAGUUAUUAUUUGUUACCAAUUAUUGUUCAAUUGCCCAGCAGAUCUAUAACAAGACAGUAAUGAAAUAGCCAAGAAGUAUAUAACAGGCCACAUAGUAAUUUAACACCAUGUAUUUAAAAUCAUAUUUCAAUGUAUUUUUUCCUAACAGCAACACCUGGCUAGUAGUGUCUUUUGAAAGUAGCCUUGUUUUGUUAUCUUAACUAUCUAUGGUGAUUCGAGGUUUGAAACUAAUUAGUAUUAGUGCUUGGAAUUAAAAUUAUACUUCAUAUCUACUAAAUGUAGAUUUAGACUAAAUGUUUUUUUUUCUAACAUCUAACCACAGAUAGAUCAUCCUCUUUAAGAUAUGAUGUCCCCUCAUCGAAAACAGCUUUUCAAACUUUCAAACACAUAAGAUUGCGAAGUCUUUGUAGCAUGGGAGUUCAAAAUUCAUUUUGAACCUGAAGGUUCAACUGACACUCGGUCUUUGAAAGUUAUGAAAGAACAACAAUAAAGAAUCUAUUCU